UUUUUCCCCCCCUCUAGAUUAACUGCUGAAGUACUGAUCGAGUUCUGCGUUUCUUCAAUGAGGAACUACAGGCUGAUCUUCUGUCAUAAUCUCAAACAGCCAUAAAUGACAAACGAAUGCUUGCUCAGUGAGGGUAGCUGGUGCAGAAUCCGUUUUUUAAACUUAGGUGUUUAAGUACUCAAAGAAAAGACAGCUUUGAUUUCUGGCUGCAAAAAAGAUAUGAGGAAGAGCUCCUCCCCUUCCUUGAGUAACUGCAACUCCGUUCUUGCUAACAAAAUAUUUGGAAUUCCACUUGAUGAGCUGCAGCAGGGAGGACAUCCAGACAAUGAGGUUCCGUUCAUAGUCCGCCACGUUGUGGACUAUAUUGAGGAACAUGGAGGUCUGGAGCAACAAGGACUUUUCCAAGUCAAUGGAAAUGCUGAGACAGUGGAGUGGCUUCGGCAGAGAUACGACAGUGGAGAAGAAGUGGAUUUGGUUAAGGAAGCAGAUGUUCCCUCAGCUAUUAGUCUUCUUAGGUUUUUCCUUCAAGAACUUCCUGAACCUGUUAUCCCUGGCAGUUUGCAUAUUCACUUGAUGCAGCUUUCUCAAGAUUAUAAUAACGAAGAUGAAUUUGGAAGAAAGUUGAGGUUCCUCUUGCAACAGCUUCCACCUGUUAAUUAUAGUUUGUUAAAGUUUCUGUGUAGAUUUUUAGCCAAUGUAGCAUCACAUCAUGAAGAAAUUUGGUCUGCAAACUCUUUGGCUGCUGUCUUUGGUCCAGAUGUCUUCCACAUUUACACAGAUGUGGAAGAUCUGAAAGAGCAAGAAAUAGUGAGCAGGAUAAUGGCUGGACUUCUGGAAAACUACUAUGAGUUUUUUGAAAAUGAAGAGGAAGAUUUUUCAUCUAAUGAUUUGAGUUCAAUUACUGAACAGGUUAAUGAACUUUCUGAGGAAGAAGAAGAAGAUGAAAAACUGGAGCAUAUAGAAGAACUUCCAGAAGAGGGGGCAGAAAAAUCAAAUGAUAUGCCAGAGGUGGUACAAUUAAGGAUGACUGAAAGCAUCCUGGAACCAAAUAGUGUUACAGCAUCAACAAGUGCCCAUAUAUCUCCCACCAGCAUCUCACCAGCCUCUGCGGACAUUUUAGAAAGAACAAUUAGAGCAGCUGUAGAACAGCACCUUUUUGAUCUGCAGAGCAGCAUAGAUCAUGAUCUUAAGAAUCUACCACAACAAAGUCUGGUGUGUAAUAAUGAGACAGGAAGUAUUCAUUAUGAUGGGGAAGGAUCUAAUAGCCAGGUUGAUAUUGCUGAUGAUAUUAUUAAUACCAGUGAAAGUAACAGAGGCUGUUCAGAACCUGUGGCUGGUACUAAUUUGGACAGUGAAGUUAUGCAGCAAGAUUUUGUAUUUGAGGAUGAAGAAGAUAACCAGCAGUCUGUAGGUAUACUGUUAGAGCCAUGUGGUGACCAUGGUGAUAGUGAAGACGGCUGUCUUGAGAGGAAAGAGUAUUUGUCAUUUGACAGUGAUCGAUUGUCACACUUGAUUCUGGAUUCUCAUAGCAAGAUAUGUGAUUUGAAUGCCAACCCUGAAUCAGAAGUGCUGGGAGAUCAGAGUGUUGGAGUUCAGGGAGAAGCAGCAUGUGUCCAAAUUCCACAUCUAGAUCUGAAGAGUGUUUCUGAUGGUGAUAAAUGGGAAGCGUCAUGCCCUAUCACUUUUCCCCUCAUUGAUUUCAAAACAAUGCAUCUGCAGAGAGAUGGGGAGGAGCCGUUUCCUGCUUUUAAGUCUUGGCAGGAAGACUCUGAAUCUGGAGAAGCUCAGCUCUCUCCACAAGCUGGAAGAAUGAAUCAUCACCCCCUGGAAGAGGAUUGUCCUCCAGUGUUAUCACACCGUAGUUUAGAUUUUGGGCAAAGCCAGCGUUUCCUACAUGAUCCAGAAACGUUGGCUUCCUCAUCUAAAGCACUUUCUUUUGCUAGGAUUCGAAGAUCAUCCUUUAGUUCAAAAGAUGAAAAAAGAGAAGACAGAACACCAUAUCAGUUGGUCAAAAAACUUCAGAAAAAAAUCAGACAAUUUGAAGAACAAUUUGAAAGGGAAAGAAAUAGCAAGCCUUCAUACAGUGAUAUUGCAGCUAAUCCAAAGGUAUUAAAAUGGAUGACAGAGCUUACCAAACUUCGGAAGCAAAUUAAAGAUGGAAAACACAGAAGUUCUGAUGGAGAAUUUGUACCUCAGUCACGUCCACGUAGUAACACUCUUCCAAAAAGCUUUGGCUCUUCUCUAGACCAUGAAGAUGAAGAGAAUGAAGAUGAAUCCAGGGUCAUUCACAAGGAGAAGAAGCCAUCUAAGGAAGCAACACUUGAGCUUAUUCUGAAGAGACUGAAAGAAAAACGUGUUGAGAGAUGUCUUCCAGAAGAUGUCAAAAAAAUGACAAAAGAUCAUUUGGUAGAAGAGAAAACGUCUCUCCAGAAAAGUCUUCUUUACUAUGAAAGUCAACAUGGAAGGCCGGUUACCAAGGAAGAAAGGCACAUUGUUAAACCUCUCUAUGAUAGAUACAGACUUGUAAAACAGAUGUUGACAAGAGCUAGCAUCAUUCCUGUCCUUGGAUCUCCAUCCAUCAAGCGAAGGGGUCAGAUGUUACAGCCAAUCAUAGAAGGAGAAACCGCUCACUUUUUUGAAGAAAUCAAGGAAGAAGAAGAAGAUGGUGUUAGUCUGUCCCCUGAGUUAACUGAUAUCUUGAAAACUGCUGACCAGGCACAGUCUUCAUUAGAAAACUCAGAAUCUGAUGUUGAGGAAAAUCAAGAAAAACUGGCUCUGGAUCUCCGAUUGUCAAGUACUCGAGCAGCAUCUAUGCCUGAAUUACUGGAACAACUUUGGAAAGCCAGAGCUGAAAAAAAGAAACUGCGUAAAACAUUAAGGGAUUUUGAAGAAGCAUUUUAUCAACAAAACGGAAGGAAUGCCCAGAAAGAGGAUCGUGUCCCAGUGCUUGAGGAAUACAGGGAGUACAAGAAAAUUAAAGCCAAGCUUAGGCUUCUUGAAGUUCUUAUCAACAAACAAGAUUCUUCAAAAUCCAUAUAAAAUAGGCUCCUUGAUACAUCAUAAAAUCAGUUGUAUUCCCUUAAGCUAUGGUCGUGUGUACUUGGCUGGUACUUGAGUUCAUUUUGUAACUUGGUUGUGGCACCACUAGAGAAAUGAGGGGUAAGUAGACCCUCUCUAGGGAGCACAUGGUCCGUAUUAACACAGACUGUCCUCUCCACCUUUAACAAACAUCCAAUUUUCUUCAUUGUUUUGUACCACAGAUACAUCCUGUUAGCAAAAGACUAGUAUUUUAUCCUUUCAACUUCAAGAACUUUGGAAGUAUAAGCUUUUUGUUUUUUCCAACUUUAUUAUUUUUGUCAUUACUGAAGAAAAUUAAGAAGAAAUCUUCACCUUGAAUUCUUCGGUUGCCUUUUUCUUACAGAAUGACUGAAAAUAUGAAAGAAAAGCCUAUAAAUGUGCACACAUGCAACUAUGUUCUGUGUUUUCCUAGAAAACCAAAAUCAACUGAAAUUUCAAGUCCCAUUGUGGAACACAUUUCUGUUUAAUUCUCAAAGUGACACUUUUGCACAGGUAGUAUGUUAGCAAAAUUUUGCAAUUCAUUGGUCACACUGUUCCUGGCUCAAGAUAACAGAAGGUAGACCAAAAAGUGACCUUGCUUAUUCCUGUAGUGAAAACACAUUUCACACAAAACACACAAAACUGAAUCAUACCACAUGCUGCCUAUGGGAUUUGUUACUGUUUGCUUUCUUAGUUACUGUUUAUCAGUUGGUGGUGAUGUACUUUGUCUGGAUCAUUUCCUCCGUUUUUUUCUGCCCUACCCACCUCCAGUAAUGUGAGAAAAUAGCCAUGUCAGUAUGUAGGAACUCUGAUGGGACUCACAUUUGUGUGUUCAAUCAAAUGGGCUGGCAUUGGCAGAAGAAUGAUUAUGCCUGAAGAAAUCUAUUCUGAACAAGGGCUAUACCACUGCAUUUUUCUGUAUACCUUCAUGGGGGGUGGGUUACAUCUUUUUUUUUUCUCUCUUAAUCAGCAAAAUCCAUAAAACAUCUUUUAAAGGGACCACCUUUUACUCAGUCACAGGCUGUUUAAAGCAGCUGGUCACAGGAUGGGUAGUGGUAUGCCCCUUGUCAUAUACUGUAAGCAGGUCUUUUUUUCUUUGGCUUUGCAUGGCGUGUUUUCAGGUUCUCUCCUGGUAUCAUUCUGCUAACCAUUUUCACAGAAUGGUGACUCUAUUUGUGCUAACAACAUAACAGGUGUUAAUAGCAUAUUUUGGUCAGGCUUAAUCUAAGUAUUACUUUUUUUCCUGGUGCUUUUUUGGAUUGAUGAGUGUCUCACUUUGAUUGUGCCCAUGUUUUGCAUGCAGUGACUCAUGCAUGGUUUUCUUAACUAGCUAAUGUUAACAAUUUGUUCCAUACAAAGUGGACUUUUGCAACAUCCUUUAAUAAGACGGGGGAAGCAUGAACCUCAGACUUCUGGCUAUUACAUAGUAAGCAUAUGAAGUAGCUUAAUAAGUAGCAUUUCUAGUACUUCGCAUUUCUAGUACUUCACAUUUCACCUGUGUGUGCAAUGCCUUUUUUGUGGGGAGGGAAUAUUCAUUGGUAGUGAUCAUGUAGUUGGGGAAUAAAGCACUAAAUCCAACCUUUUUCGUGUGGUUUACUUUUGCUACAGCUAGGUUAUUUAUAAUGUAUACCUAGAAAAGUGAAAUUGAAAAUGCCAAAAGAUCACUUUGAUUUGACUCCAUCAUGCAGUGUACAUUUAGUUAAUUUCUAUCAGUCUCCUGACAGGAGUAUAUUCAAACAUCUAAUUUAAUGUGCGCUGUAUAUUGUUUUAUAUGAAUGUUUUAUUUUAUAUACCACAUGCAAAAAUGUCCAUAUGCACUAUUUAAAUGUUUAAAUAAUAUAUUCCUUCUUUAUAAUGCUAAAUCUAUAUAAGUACCAUAUUUUUAUAAGUCAGUGGCCUGACUGGUUUCAUUUUAAAAUUAACAGCUGUUUCAUGAUGUUGGUUAUCCACUGUUAAUGUUUGGCUGCGAAUAGAAUAGAUAAAAGUGGCAUGGCAGCACUUACACUGUGUGACAGUAUUGUGUGUUGUAGUUGAGCAAUAGGUGGUAGAAUUAGGCAGUUUGUGAUAGUUUUACUUUGGUACAAGUAAAAGCUGUAUAUCUAUAUACAAACAAUAUAUAGAUAUAUAUGACCACCAGUAUACUUGCAUUGCUGUGUCUGGCACUUGAUUGUAUAGACUUUUAUAAUAAAAGAACUUGAAUGUUCUAAGUCAUUGUAAAUGUUUGCUUUUUUUGUUGUUGUUGUUGUUUCUCCUCUAGAUGUUAAAAAAGGAAAAAACUUUGUGUUCCCGUGUCUUAGUGUUCUCAGGCUAUGUUUGAAUUAUCCCAACCUGGGCCUAUAUGAGGGGACAACAGUGUUAGUGAACCACCUGGCUGGCUACAGCUCUGGGGAGUGGCAAGACAGGGAGAGGCCAUGUUGUUGAUUACCUUGUGGGAAUGUAGGGAGAAGGUGCACAGAGAAUGAACAGUCAGCAUUUCUCAUUGCAGUGAAUUUUCCUAUUAAGAAAACUCGAUGUACAGUGUAAGAGAAAAGCUUGGCCUGAGGAAGGUGGGUAGAUUUAAAGCUUCCUCUAUUUAAGUUUUAAAAUCCAAGGAUUACUGGGCAGUGCUGUGGAAGUUGAGUACUAUGGUCAGAUGCUGUUGGCUUGGGCUAAGAGAACAAAAGGUUCUUUUAGGAGGCCUCUGUAACCUCAAGAGUUUCCUUCUAGUUUCCAAAAUGCCAACUAUACAUACAUAACUUUCCAACCAUCUAACCAGGGGCUUUUGCCAUGUCCUCAUUUGUACUUCUCUAACAUAACUUGAUUUUGUAUAACCCUGACACUCUUAUCUUGCCCUUUAUUUUUUAAAGUAUGUUUACCUUUUAAAGUGGUUGAGGAAGCACUUUUGGGAAACUUCAGAUGUGUUACUUUAGAAACCGUCUAUAUGAAUUUCCAGUUUGAAGAGAUUAAUAAAAUUUUUACAGGUGGUUGGAAAGUUUGUUCUUUUAACACUGGCUUUUCAUAGGAGACUUCAGAUUAGGAAGAAUGGAGGUGAGGUUGUUUUACUUGAGCCAUUGUCUGAUGGCUUUGCAGAUUCCUCUGGUUUUGUUGCCUGGUUAAAGGAAGUUGGAACAUGGUGCAUGAUAAGCGCACUGACAGUUCUUCCACUCUGUGGAGCAUUGGGAAAACUGUCUUUGCCUGCUUACUGCACUAUUAAUUAGAGACCUGCCCCAUGAACUAAAGGAAGUAUUAUUUUCUACUUUAUCUUCACAUUCCUAGAAUUUAAUAGUAAUUUAUUUUGAAAUUUCUGUGUGAACCCGUGUGUUAGAAGCAUGUUGUAAAAUGUGUGGGUUGUACAGUGGAUCCCAUUCAGGGGCACUUACGUCCUGGACUUUGUUCGAUGAUUAUCAGUGACUCUGGCAAUAGUUUGAUGAUAGGUGGCUUAGUGCUUUUAAAGUAUAUUGGAAAUGGGGGUAAGUUCAGGAAAUAAUUCAGUGCAGGAAUGAAUCAUGGUUAGAAAUGUGCAAUGACUGCAUCACAGAUUCUCACCUCCACUUGACUCAGUAGGGUAGAGCCGAGACCUUUCUCAUCACUCGGUUGAGUUUUAAACUGAUGUAGUGUAAUUCUUUCUCCAGCUCCACAGCAUAUAAAAACAGGCUACAGGAUAACAUAGAAAGAAGCAGAGAGUGAGUCAGUAGCACAUUUGUGCAUGAAGAGACAGCAGAUUAAUAGUGCCUGUUGUGAAAUGCUUUGAGUGGAAAGGUCAUAUUGAAGCUCCUACCACAUGCCUAGUCAGUUAGGGAUCAAAUUUUCUAAAGUUGUGUGGAGAACAGUAUUUGCUAUGUAUACCAAGUAUGAAUGACAGCUCCUAUUUAGAGAUAUAAGGGUAAAAGUAGUUGGUCUCAUUCUUACAUUUAAACAAAUGAAGCCUUGUGGCUUUCUGUUUAAA